AUCAGAAAUUGGCUGUGCGGGUCAUAAAGUUUGUAGUGUCCAUUUUCACCGUAGUUGGUGUAAUAAAGAUUCUAGAUACACGAUAUUCUGAAUCAGCGCCAGCAAGGGAGGUAACUUUCGGAAAUUAUGGUCCUGUCGAAUGUGAAGACAAAUUUAAAUCGACACUUGCAGAAAAUUUAAACGUCGUGAAAAACUACCCGAGGGGUACAGCAGACGAAUUCAUGUGGAAAAUUGGCGGAAAUUUGUCUGCUCCAGACGACAUUCCAAAAUUUCCAGUUAUUGUUACUGCUAUAGAUUCUUUGCAUUAUCCCGAAUCCAUGGGGUUGUUUCGGUCAAUACACCAAGGUAUUAUGGGAAACAGGAAGUACAGUGGUCUUUUGAAGACAAAGUGCAGAUGUGAAGUGCGAUCAUUUCCGUUCACGGAACUUCCGGAACAUGUCCGAACAAAAGAAACAUUUGCCUUUAAACCAAUUAUAAUACAGAUUCUACUGGUUGAAUUUGGUUUUGUUUGUUGGGUAGAUGCUUCAAUACGUUUCACAACUCCUGAUAUUGACGUAGGAAUACAGUUCGCUAUUGACAACAGUUUACUCUUUUACGUCAGACGUGACGUCAGCAAAUCAUAUACAAUCGCGAGACAAACUGAUAGCAAAACGUUUACCUUUUUAAAAGAAGACGUGUGCAAGUUUAGAAACUUUACCGAGCUGGUCGGUGGCUUUUUGAUGUUUCACUAUGACACGGUUUCAAAAGUUAUUGUGAAUGCUUGGGCCUCGUGUGCCUUGAACAAACAAUGUAUUUCACCAGAUAAAACGCCCCUGAAACCAGAGUGCAACUUACGUCACACACAAGAUGGGCGGUGUCAUAAAUUUGACCAAUCAGUGUUGAGUAUUCUGAUUCGUCACGUGAUUCACGACACCAAUGAAUAUCCACCUGAUAGACAGCUUGAUACUAUUUUCGAAAUACGGAAAAAUGAAAUUGACAAUUAUUUUGAAAAUUGUAACCCAAUUCUUAAGUGCUAUUCUUAAAUAUUGUUAGGUGGUUAUACUCCACAUUUAUUUUAUUAAUGUUCAUGUGAUAUGAUCUUAUUUAUGACCUCUUUUCUACAGAUUCUAAA